GGGGGCGGUGCUUCCGGGGCGGGCAGCCGGGCCGAGGGAGGAGGGUCUGACAGUUGGCGCCGCCGGGGAGGGAGGGCGGGCGGCGCGAGUGGGCGCGGGCAAGGAGGGUCAGAAAGUCAGCGCUGGAGAUGGGCUUUUAAUGAAGGAGAGAAGCAAUUGAGUCCAGCAGGGUGACCUCUGCAGCUGUAGGGAGAGGAUACCAGUACUCAAAGGCUUCUGGCUCCCGGGAGCAGCACCAGGGCCAGGGAGACAAUGGUCUCAGUGACUAUGGCCACUUCCGAGUGGAUCCAGUUCUUUAAGGAAGCCGGCAUUCCUCCCGGGCCUGCUGUCAAUUACGCCGUGAUGUUUGUGGAUAAUAGGAUCCAGAAGAGCAUGCUGCUGGAUCUCAACAAAGAGAUCAUGAAUGAGCUGGGCGUGACUGUGGUGGGCGACAUCAUCGCCAUCCUCAAGCAUGCCAAGGUGGUGCACCGCCAGGACAUGUGCAAAGCUGCCACUGAGUCCGUGCCCUGCAGCCCCAGCCCCCUCCCAGGCGAGAUUCGCCGAGGCACCUCUAGCGCUGCCUCUCGAAUGAUUGCUAACAGUCUGAACCGUGACUCCCCACCCGGCACUCCACCGAGGCGGCCGGACACCAGCACCUCCAAGAUCUCAGUCACCGUGUCCAACAAGAUGGCAGCGAAGACUGCCAAGGCUGCCGCAGCCCUGGCCCGCCGCGAAGAGGAGAGCCUGGCCGUUCCCACCAAGCGGCGCCGGGUCACUGCCGAGAUGGAGGGGAAAUACAUCAUCAACAUGCCCAAAGGCACCACCCCCCGGACCCGUAAGAUCCUGGAGCAGCAGCAGGCGGCAAAAGGUCUCCACAGGACGUCCGUGUUCGACCGCCUCGGCGCCGAGACCAAGGCAGACACAACAACAGGGAAUAAACCCACAGGAGUCUUCAGCCGCCUGGGGGCCACCCCAGAGAUGGACGAGGAUCUGGCUUGGGACAGCGACAAUGACAGCAGCAGCUCUGUCCUGCAGUAUGCCGGGGUCCUGAAGAAGCUGGGCCGAGGCCCAGCCAAGUCCAGUCCCCAGCCAGCACUGACUGUGAAAGCUAAGGCCACAAGUUCGGCCACAACGGCUGCCACCCCAACACUGCGGCGCCUGGCCCUUUCCUCACGUCCUGGACUCGAGAGGAAGCCAGAGUCCCUGUCCAAAGGCAGCAUCAUCCAGAGACUGGGCAAGGCUGCCCUUGUGCCUGAGGCCCAGGACAGCCAGGUCACGAGCACCAAGAGUAAGUCCUCAGCCGAGGUCAAGGUCACCAUUAAGAGGACUCUGGUGGGGCCCCGGGGGAACAGCUCCAGCGAGGGCCUGGGUGCCCAGAUGGACCAUGCGGGCACAGUGAGCGUGUUCAAAAGACUGGGCCGCAGGACCUUCUAGCCUCUGGGUGGGGCGCAGUCCCCUCUCCAGGCUCCUGGCUCCGGCAGAGGCUCCAGUGAGGGCGCACCCAACCCUCUGCCGGCUUCCGGAUGACACUGCUUGUCUCCCUCGGCAUUGGAGCCGGCCCGAGCUUUCUGGGGACUCACCCCAGUUUUCUGAGUCUGAGAUGGUCAUUGUGACCUGGCCUUGCCGCUCCGGUCUUUCCUUUCUCUCACGUCCUCUGUUCUCUCCUCUCUGACUGUGGCCUUGGCAGGGCACACUCCUCUACCUCUCCCAGAGCCAAGUGCCCUUUUCCCUCCCCCAUUCUCCUUCCUGCCUCUCAGCAGCAUCUGCUGCCUCAGCCCCAGCUCCUCAGCCUUCCAGUCCCCCAGAGCAGGUGUCACCUGGAGGGGCCGACUUCCCGACUUCCCCUCGGCCCUCUGCCCCGUCCCCCUGCUACUUUAACUUCUCAGUCUCUUCCUCUCUUCAUGCUGUUCAUUUCUCUUCUGUUUUCUGUCCCUGUGGCAAGGCCCGACUGUGCGCUGCGUCCUGCCUGACCCUCCUGCGCCUCCGGCCUCCCAGCGGCCCCGUCGACGGUGGCGUCGAGCCUGUAGAGACUGUUAGCCGCCCUCGCUCCCAGACCCUGGGCUGCAGCAGGGCCCCUCUGUUUUCCGGCCCUGGGCGUCUUUUUCUCUGAAAGCCUGUGGCGGGUGGCGAGCAAGGGUCACCGGGAAGGGAGGCCGGUGCCGAGAGAGAAGAAAACAGCUGUUUUAAUAUAUUUUUGUGGCUUUCAAA